CGCCGCCGUCGUCGUCGUCGUCGUCGUCGUCGCCGCCGUCGUGUCGACGUCGUCGUCGUUGUCGCUGUCGUCGCCGCGUAUCCGUGUGCGGUGCGAACACCGUAAGCAGAACACGAUAAAACCGCAAAACACCGAUCGUCCGCUGCUGCUUCUGCUGCCCAAACGAUAUUACAACAUCGACCGCUGAUCGUUACCGUUGCCGUUCCGCCGCGUCGUCAUCGCGUCGUUCGCGAUCGCCGGUGCCGCGCCAAAACCGUCCGCGUCGCAUAAGUGGUUCGCCGUCACGCGUACGUCCACCGCAACAGACCGCACGCUUUCACGGCCCGGCCGGUCCAGUGCGGCCGCGACGCGACCGCCGGCGUCACAGUAGCGCGCGUUCCGUACGUCUUGGUGCAACGCGCCCGUUGAACGCACCACCACCGCCGCCCGUCACCAUCUAACCUGCGACACAGGAUCGCACCAGCCUGCGCCAUCGCGGUCAUGUUAGCGUCGCGGCCGCAGAGUCGUCGUCCCGAACAUGAUGAUGGUAUGGCCGAGCGCGACACGUCCAUGGGCUGACCAUGAUCGCUGUGCCGGCGCACGGGACGACGCACAUUGCACCGUCGUUGUGCCGGGUGGUGGCGCUUCUUAGUGCCGUGUGCUGGUGUUGGGUAUUGAGAAUGGCCGCCGAGAUGCCGGACCUGUCGCACCUGACGCCCGAGGAACGGGAGAUCAUCGAGUCCGUGGUGCACAGGCAGAAACAGGAGGAACAGAAGGAACAGGAAAUCAUGAGGCGAAAGCAAGAGGAAGUAAUUUUGUUGGAAGAAAAAAUCCGGCAACGCAGUGAACAGCAGAAAAAGGCAGGCGUAGAGUUGGACGCAACUUGUCACAUAUGCCUGAAGACCAAAUUUGCCGAUGGUGUUGGACACCUGUGCAACUAUUGCGGCAUCAGAUGUUGUGCCAGGUGUGGUGGCAAGGUUACCCUGCGUUCAAGCAAAGUGAUUUGGGUGUGCAUAUUGUGUCGGAAAAAACAAGAGCUCCUCAGCAAGUCUGGGGAAUGGAUUAACCACGGUAUGGCUGCCGCAGGUGGUGAUCCCCGACGUUCUGAGGUGUCGUCCCCGUGCAUGAUGUCAGACAAGAGGCCCAAGCUUGAAAGGGCGCAUAGCGCAGUGGAGAAGGAAAACGCACCGUUGUUGCAGCGGUCCAACAGUCUCCUUCGACGCCAAUAUUCCCAACAGGAGCCGUCCAGCCGGAAAGAACAAGAGCACGGAGUUCCUGGAGGCCACGACGAGUAUUAUCGCACGGCCCGAGACGAUUACUACCGUGGUGGUCAGCUAGAAGGAACUCACAGGAUCGGGGCCAAUAACCAAUCGUCCAGGUCAUCGCACCACCAAUCAGUGCAUCAGUUCGGCCCUGCAGUAGACUGCAAACAGCUGUCGGUGGGCCGUGGUGGACCCGGCUCCAACCCGAUGCGCAAACACAAAAGGCCCGGGAACACGGUACCUCCCGAACGGCUUCACCAGCAGCACCAGCAGCACAUCAGUUUUUCCAGUUCGGAGGAAGAACUACGGUCCACAUCCGAGUGUACCAGCUGCGACGAGCACGAAAGUGAAAAAGCAAUUUGCCGCAAGAUGGGCACCAUUAAUGGAUCUAGGCGAAAGAAAACCGUGCGAUUCGACCAUCGACACCAUCAAACUACCCAGCAAACAUCCAAAGACUCUGGAUUCGAUACUGGCAGUUCGAUAUUCACGUCCAACGAUGACCCAAUAUACCUCAGCGAUAUUAAGCAACCAAUGUCGUGGCAACGGAGCCCCGAUAACAAGUUCUUGAUAGGUCACAUGGUGCUUAACAAGUCUGUUUGGGAGACUCCGAUCAGCCCGUCUUCCAGCGCGGCCGCUAUGUUGGGACUGAAAAUCACCGGCGGAAAAUUCUUGUCGGCCACCGGAAGGAGAUGCGCGAUUAUCGAUCGCGUCCGGAAAGGAAGUACUGCCGACAUGGAGGGAAAUUUGAAACCGGGUGACGAAGUUUUAGAAUGGAAUGGUUGUUUAUUGCAAGGCAAAACACAAAAAGAAGUAUCAGAUAUUAUUGCUGAAUCAAAACAUUUGCCACAAAUCGAGCUCAAAGUAUCCAGAUCAAUACUCCCGAGAAGAGCAAAUUAUGGCACUCCAACUAAAGUUACAACGAGUUCAAUGGGCUUAUAUGAUUUGCGUAAAGAUAAGCCUUACGUUAUGGUGACUUCGCCGGGUAGUCCUGAGCAUUUGGCUUCAAAUCCAGCCCGGAUUCUAAGGGCUUCCAAAAGUGUCACCGGUCCGAAUAGUUUACACGUCGGAGGGAAGAUACAGGUUAAAUUGGGUUUUGACCCGCAAUCACUGAAGUUGGUCGUAACGAUAAUGGCCGCUUCAAAUCUUUUACCACGGUCUGAUGGUUUACCAAGAUCAGCGUAUGCUAAGGUAUGUCUUUUACCGGAUACAAACGAGAAAUCUAAACGAAGAACUAAAACGAUCAUGAAUUCCACUGACCCUAAAUGGAAUCAAAGUUUUUCAUUUACAACUAUGAGAAGAUCGGAUUUGAAGUUUAAAGUUCUUCAAAUAUCAUUAUGGGAUUAUGAUAACAAUCCUACAAAUCAGUUUCUUGGAGAGGUAUUAAUUGAACUGGGAUUGAAAAAGUUAGAAAAUUUAGCUGAAUGGUAUCCAUUGACUGCUCAUCAAGAAAUAACCGGAGAAGGAGGUGUUACGAUAGGUGACUAUGAUAUGGAAUACUCUGGAGAACAUUUAUCUCCCCCAUCUACAUUAUCUCGACAAUCAGAUUCAGAUGCUUCAGAUGUUGAUGAUUGCUGUAGUGGAAGAAGAGUGGGCGCUGAUGGUGCAUCAAUAAGUAGCCUUGGUAGUUCUAUAAGUCCACCACCUGAUUAUGAUCAUUUGGAUCGUAGAAAAAGUCGUAGGGAUAUGUCUCCUCUACAAAAGUCAUACGUGUAUGGCACGACGAUUGAAAAAAAAUAUGGAUACGAGACCAGUGUGAAACAACAGUCCAUUCCUAGUCGAUCCACGACAAAUGUUAGUCAUAGAUCAAGAUCUGCAGCACCGACUGAUUCUCCUAGCCAACAUUCCAGAUCACGAUCAAAAAGUCCAACCAUGAUCUCUGAUCGAAGAAGUUUAUCACCCCCAGAUUAUAGGUAUCCUGGAGGUGUACCGAAUUAUAGACAAGGUCCUUCUAAGUUUUUAGUUAGAUCAGCAACAGCUACCCCUACAUCCACUCCCAAAAAACGCCAACUUCCUCAAAUUCCAGGAACUAUGCCUUCUUCGUUAGAUGAACGAAUUCCAUAUUAUUUUGAUGAUCAAACGUCAUCCGUGCGGAGAAGAACGAGACAAGUUCAGCCAAGAAGAAUUCAGGGUAGAUCUGGAGGCCUUGGUAGAUUACAUCAUUGUGGUGGACUUAGUGAUAGCGACAUACCUAUGCAACAAAUUCGAUCUCUGACUCCACCACAUGUUAGGGGAUCAAUGAUGUCCAGAGGAGAAACUGGAGACACUUGUGAUAUUGAUGAUAGCGAUAGUAUCAUUAGCAGCGCUUUAUCUACGCAGUCUGAACAGCCCAGAUCAACGAGAUUUUGCUGCUGCAACGCCACCGAUUACCGCUACCCAUCAACGUCCCAUUCACCCAGCUGUAGUUUUAGUAAAAGUAGUAGCAAGCGUGAUAGUAUCCAUUUGUACCGUUAUAAUUCAUUUCCUGCCGAUUAUUUUUUACUUCAUCCGAUAGAUAAUAGACCCAUUCUGGCGGAAUACUCGCCAACUGAAAACCCAAAACCAUUAAAGAAAACACGAUUCAAUUUAAAUCAUCUAGAUAGUCAUGAUCCUCUUUAUGAUUCAGAUUCCGGAUUGGAUUUGCUAGGUUUUCAAUCACCGACAGAGAAACAAAGAUCCCGUAGGAAAAGAAAUCUGACUCUAGAUUUAGGCGAAUCAGUGUUAGACGUAGUGGGUAGCUAUAGUGGCGCUGCUGUAGCGUUUAGUUAUGCUUUAACCGACCCUUUAAAUGCUAUUGUCCAUGGCAGUGAUUAUGGAGCGUCGCACAGUAGAUCUGGAUCACAACAGUCUCCUGUCAUGGUGCCGACUACCGAUAACAAAAGGGCUCAAUUUUCGAGGAGCCUGUCUAAUGCUGAUGUACAGACAGAUAACAUUACCGAUUCUGGUAGUUCUGGAAAACGAAGAGGAGACUCGUCUUCCUUAACUGAAAGUGCCGGUAAAAGCUCAGCUUCUGGGACCAACUCUUCCGCUUCUGGAAUGGGCAAAAAAAGCGCUUCAGCUUCUCAAUUAUCAGCAACCGGACGCAAGCGUAGGUUAGGUUUUGGUUCGAAAGGAAAAUCUUCAUUUACGGUGCAUAGAAGUGAAGAAGUGCUGCCUGGCACAAGCCGCCCCCUCAUCAAACAGCCGUCCAGCGUUUCUAGUGACGGUGAAGCAUCCCAAGACGGCGAAAGGUUAAUAAUCGCCGGUCAGUCCACCGAAGGUGAAGUGACCACCUUUAUUGGUAAACUCGGACCAGGGCAAAAAGUCAGUCGACAAAUAUUGGGGACUCCGUAUCGAGGUGAUGUUAAAAUUGGAUUCAAUUUUUUCGUUAACUUUAUGGAAGUAACAGUUUUUGAAGCAAAGGAUUUGAUUAACGUUAAAGAAACGAAAACAAAGCUUCCAGAUACCUACGUGAAAGUAUACCUAGUGAAAGGAAAAAAAUGUGUGGAAAAACAUCGUACAAAAACAAUUAAAGAGAGCUUGCAGCCCAAGUACAUGGAAAUGCUCAAAUUUAAAAGUUCACCUGCUGGUUGUUUAAUCCAAGUGUCAGUGUGGGGCGAUUAUGGACGCGAAAAAGGAAGGAAAGUGUUCAUGGGCGUUGCCGUAAUUUAUAUGGACAGCAUAACUACAAGUCCUGGAUCGUCACUGACGGAGUGGUACAGGCUGUUUGGGUCGUCAUCGUUGUGAGUUUUGUUGCUUCAUUCUAUUGGGUUUCUUCUUUGGUGGUUGCAUGCAGACAACAUUUUUUGUUUUUAAUUCCACUUAAAAGUAUUAAUUAUUUAAGGGCAAGUCACAGUUAUGCAUUGGACUAUUUUUUAACGCAGAUCUAACUUAUAUUCUCAAUAUUCUAAAAUAAUUAUUUGUAAAUAAUAACGGAAAACAUUACAUGUAAAUAAAUAAUUUAUUAUGGAA